AUGGGAGACGAAAAUGGACCUUUUUGUAGUAGUGUAACUUCAUCAUCGUCUGACCAACAGAAGUUAGUUUCAUUCUCUCAAUGGCUAUUGGACAUAGGUGAUCGAGAAAUUGGUGUCUCUUGUGAUGGUGUUGCAGAGAUUGAGAUCUCGCCUGAGUUGGCAUUAACUCAUGUAAGGAAUCCCAUCCAAGCGAUUGUUUCAUCAACUUGCCCUUCUCUUUUGGAUAAUUUGCAUUCAGAUGAUUAUUUCAAUGAUAAGGCGAUUAUGAUCCUACUCUGGAGAAUAUCAGAUUCAGUGGUGAGAAUGAUUUCUCUAGUUUUCUCCCUCUUUUGCCUCUUCUCCUCAUCAUUUUCUCAAGCCUCUGCAAAAGAUUUCUGUGUUGCAGAUUACACAGCUCCCAUUAGUCCUUCAGGAUUUUCUUGCAAAGAUCCUUCAAAAGUGACUGUGAAUGAUUUUGUGUUUUCUGGGUUAGAUGUUCCUGGAAACAGCUCAAAGAUUUUCAAGUUUGGGUUCAAAUCUACGUUCGAUUCCCAGCUUCCUGGGCUCAAUGGCCUUGGCUUUUCCUUGGCUCGUGCAGAUUUUGAGAAGGGUGGGGUUGUGCCAAUUCAUGCACACCCAGAUGCUUCGGAGAUUUCUCUUGUUUUGGAUGGAAAAGUGACCUUUGGAUUCAUUUCGUCGGACAACACUGUCUACCAAAAAUCUCUUGUCAAAGGGGAUGUUUUCGUUGUUCCUCAAGGUUUACUGCAUUAUGCGUUCAAUGAAGGUGACACUCCAGCACCAGUAAUUGUAGGGUUCUCUAGUUCAAAUCCUAGUGUCCAAACUACGGACCUGGCCCUCUUCAGAAGCAAUUUAGCCUCUCAAGUCAUAACAUCAAGCACUUUGAUUAAUGAACAAGAGGUCAAGAGACUGAAGGCCAUUUUUGGAGGCUCCGGAUAAAACUAAUAUGAGAAAAUUAUGCUUACAAUAAUAUAUCUCAUGAGGACACUUAAAUUUUUAUCUAUCUAUUUUUAACUUCCUGCUGACUGCAAGAUUAUGCUCUCUUUGUAAUGACCU